AUGGCUGGCAAUUUCUGGCUCGUGUACCACGACCUUCUCGAAAGCGACGAAGAGGUCGCCUUGGACUGGUGGACGGAUAUAGCGGACAUUCGGUUUGACAAAAUGGCUUUGGCUCAGCACGAUGCCGGCCUAUUUACGCACUACUUCCUCCCGACCGGCACCGUCGGCCCGAUCCUCUCCCUCUACGAGACCGCCGAGCCGCUCACGCGCGACGAGUUUGAGCGGAGGCGCGCGCUGGCUGAGUAUGGCUAUGUUGAGAGUCAACUAGUCACGCACGCCGAGACUGGGACGCCUCUCCCCAUCACCACGCUCUCGCCGCUGCUGCCGCCGGCGACGACACCGCCGUCCGCAUGGCCGACCUCGUCCUCGGAGGUGCUCGCGCGGCACCCCUCCUUUGCGCGGCAGGCCAUCCUCCUCCGCGUCGACGCCCGCAAGGACCUCAACCGCCACGCGGUCGCACGCAAGGCGGCGGAGCUGCAGGACGGCGACGCUCCGCCGCCGCCGCUGGCCGCCGAGACGACGGGCUCGUACUUUCUAGUGCGGCACGUGCCACUCGCCGAGGGCGCCGCCGAGGCGCUCUGUGACCGCGUGCGCAACGCCGGCCGCCUCACCUCGCCGCACCCGGCGCAGCUGCACAACCAUCUGCUGCUGCCCGCCGGCGGAGAGGGUGGCGGGUCGGUCUUCACGCUGUGGGAGACGAAGGCCCCGAUGGAGGCCGAAGUCUUCCAGGCCUUCAUCGACUCGCCAAACAGCCCCGCGUCGGUUGAGCUCUUCGACAGCACCACGCACGCGGUGGCGGCCGGCACGGGCUUGCUCCCCGCCGCCGCCUUCCCGCAGACGCUGAGCUUCGCGCAAAAGCUGCAGUUCCCCUUCAUGGACGACUCCAUGGGCGCCGUCCGCUCCGUCGGCGACAUGGUCCGCUCGAUGGGCGAGCUGCUGGACGAAGAGUCGCCGGCCGAGCAGGUGCUGUAUGGCACUUGGAGCCAGGAGGCGGUGGCGUCGGAGCAGGUGCCGUAUACGAGGCCGCGGGAGGCCGGGGCUUCGCCCGCCACCGCGACGCGCGAGGCGAUCGAGGAGAAGCUCAGGGCGCCGUUCGCCGUGCGUGCGCCCUUCCGCUCGCAAAAGGAGGCGCGGAAGCAGCUGCUCGAGCAGCAGGCCGGCCAGAUCAAGGACGCGCUCGACGAUGCGCGCAAGAAGUAG